ACCCCUUCAUUACUCUUUUCGUUUCAAUUGAAAGUUCUGCCAAGAUCCUAAUAGAGUAUUUCAGUCACGGCACGUGCGAAAGAGUGAAAUCUGCAAUUAUGCUAAUUCGCCAAGAAAUCCGUUCUAUCCUACUAUGCACCCUUAAUUAAAGCAAAUUGAACUGAUGAAUAUAGAUAUAAAUCUAAUUCAGUGUCUGGUAAAAAUUAAAACUAUUUUCGACCCAUCAAGAAAGUUAACUUUUUACCGCUUCUCCCAUUAACUUUACUUCUGUUUAAAAAUCCACGAUGUCUCUCAACGCAAGAUGAGUUUAUUCAUAUUAAACUUGAUUACUGGGGGCACGAAUUGAAGAUGCUCCCAGUCGUAUAAUAACGCAAUUUGGUAGGGAAACGUUCACAUAAACUGAAGGGGUGAAACAGUAUUAGAAAAUUGGUAGUGAAAAUGACAGUCAUUGAAUGCAAUUGUCACGAAGUGGAAAAUCAUUUCCUUACGUGUCGAACGUGUAAUUUUUACGCGUACCUGCUCAGAAUUUAAAGCUUGAAUAAAAACUGAAUUUUAUAAUAGAAUAUUGGACAACUGGUAAAAAUUUGGAAAAAGGCGCUUUUCGCGCGUGACACGAAAGCCAAACAAGAUCAGACAGAGUUUUCGCACUGCAUUCAUCUCUUCAAUGAUUGCACCAACAAGUUUACUCUUUUAAUAAAACUGGAUAGAACUUUCGGGUAGAAACCACGUUGUCUGAAAACAAUUUUUUAUGAAAUGAAAGUGGUAGUACUUAGGUAUACAGCGUGUGUUCGGUGUGACAGACUGACGUGUAAACGCGUAAACGCAGCAACGUACCGAACAAAUUUUUGGUGUUUCGUCGAAACCCCGACGCCGCGUGGAUCGAUUGCAAGCCGCGAGCGCAAGUUGUUAAUAAAGCUCGGCUCGCGACGCCCGCCGCCGCGUCACCGAAAUCACGUACUCAUGCAUUACUAGCGAGCACGUUCGCAAAGGGGUUCGGUUCGUUGUUCUGCUCAUAUAUUUGGCCAUAUCUGAUUUGUACGAAAGCGUAGAGCUACCAUAAUAAUUCGCAGAGUUUAUUGUUCAUAAUUUAGGGAAACAUUUUCUGUCCAUUUUCUUAUUAAAGUUUAUGCAAUAAAAUCUACACAGUUGUAGUUGGUUAAGUUGUACAUCUGUUUUCCUGAUGUGUACCUCAUUUGAACGAAGUGCGCUAUUGCCCGUCUGCACAUCUGCCCGUCAGUCUUAAUCGUAAGGUGUGCUGUCACAUAGGUAUUAAGCGAAAGCUUAUAAUGUCAGAAGGUGAAUAUCCUCCUUUCAUAGUGGGUAAUCCUUCAGACGGCGGAGAAAGGGGUAGAGGUGAAUCAUUUACUACAGUAAUUCUAUGUAUAGAAGUAACACUUAAUUUAAGGUAUAAGGUACAAGGUAUAAGGUAUAAGGCAUAUCCAAAUUUGCAAUAAAAGAUGAAAGAGUUCUAUCUAAAAAAACGGAAGUUUGAUACGCCACUGGUGAUAAUAAAAUAUUUUAGAAAUAUAGCGACGCUAAGACUCUUUUCGAUAUCUUUUAUAGUAAAAUACUACACCCUGUAUAUAAUGUGUAAACUGCAGGGGGUCUCGUGUCUCUAGGUCGAAAUAAUGCAGACGAUGAGAGCGAGCCACCCUAUAGUUGAAAAUUUGCGUGCUGUAAACGUAAUUUCGGUACAGCAUUGGAAGUUUUAGGCGCGACGUCCUGUACAAUGGUGUAAUUUGUUUGUCUAGGACCUGCGGAAUACUAGUUAAAGCUCUAAGUUUUUCGUGAAAAUGAACUCUGUAUGUAAGCGGUUGUGUACAGACAUGGCUUUAUGUUCGCCUUACAAUUUUUAUUACAGGGUUUUGUAAUUGUGUUUCUUUUGUUUGAUAAUAAAUUUUUGUAAUCUCAGGUUGUCAAUGAAUUGUGUGUCAAUUUGAAGUCCAAUUUAUGAUCCAGGUAACGGGCGAUCAAAAAUGAGUUGCUGUCGAGUCGCCUUUGGAAGUUCAAGUUAAGUACGAUUUCUCAUGUAUAAACAAAAAUUCCAAAGGUGACUAGACAGCCACUCAUUUUUGAUCGCAUAGUAAAAUUCCCUUCAAUUAUUAUGUCAGGUUUUUCUUUUAAAUUUGUUGUAUCCAAAUAGGAUUUCUAAUCUGCUUCAAAAUUUAUUUAGCGUUUCCGUAGGAAUUUACAGAAUUCUAUUUUAUCCUGAACGUUUCACUUUGUGCCUGGACCGGGAAUUGAAAAUAAUGGUAAUUGUCAGCUAGCUAGGUAAGUGUUCGUUCAAUAUUACUUUUAUUUUUUGUGUUUAUUACCCGAGUUUUUUAGGCAAAGAGCAAUAAAUAUGCUCCGCCUAGCUGUCAGUCAGUAAUCCUCUUCUGGCCUCUUAAGGAAAGGGAAAAAGGAUAAAUAUUAAGUUAAUAAUCUUUAUUAAGUGUUUUUAAUUUUGUUUAAAGUAUAUUUUUGCUGCAAUAGAAUAACAGAUUAGUAAAUGGAAGUUUGAGACGAGUGUAUUUUCAUUAGUACCUUAUAUAAUAAAAACAAAGCGAACUGCAAUACGUCAAUAUGGAGGAUUGAUUUUCAGACGCAAGUCUAAAUUCUGCUGGCACUUGGCGUCCACAAACACCAACUUGAUGCAAAAUCGCAAUUCAAUUUUAUAACGAGGCUGUCAACAACAACAAAUGGCAAUACUACAACGACAUACAACAAUUGUUCGUAAAUACCCUCCAUGUUUGUGGAUCAGGAGUUCCAGAUGCGUUCUGCUCAUGGUUCUCAAUCCAAAUAAAUUGGCUCCCCUUCAACAGCGAAGGGUUUAAAUACCGAUCCGCGACGACGAACAGGCAUUCUAAGUUUCGUUAAACACCAGGAGUAGGCAGGUAGAGGUCAGUGGCAACUACUCGUUGCGUUCCCCCACGCUCUUCGAUUAAGGACGUGAGUGAAGCUUUCGCUAACGUACGAAGAAUCUAACCACCCCACCGUCGGGCCAUCGUCAACUUCUGAGUAUUCCAUUCUCCUUACGCCGCGUCGCCGCCAUGGGGAACUGUAAAGCCGUGUGUGAUAUUCGUCUUGUGGAUUGAACUUGAUGCAAGCAAAAAGACAGGUUCCUGAUCGGUCUAGUUGGUCAAGUCCAUCUGAAAGCCCAUCACCACCUCCACCCCCAUUACCCCCACCUACGAUAUCAAGAUGGAACCGCGUGGAACAGAAUGGCGAAGAAUCGUGUCCUCAUUGUCGGAGAAGACAGGCGUCACUGCCAACAGGCACAACAUCGCUUAGUAGCUAUUCUGCGUGCAAAGAAAAAGCUUCACCAAUUACUCGUCUUCCUGAGGAUGAAGAUUCUUUCCCAAUGCUGUACGAAAGAGAACUCCAUUCUCUUCACCGAAGCGUACCAGCUUUAAGACGAAGGGACGUUGACACCAAUGCAAUUAAGCAACAUUAUUACCCGGAAGGUGGUUGGGGUUGGUUGGUAUGUGGAGCAGCUUUUCUGGCACAUCUUUUAACAUCCGGAUUGCAGUUGGCGUUUGGACUUCUGUAUUUAUACGUGAUGGAGUUUUUAAUAAAGAAACAUCAAGAUAAAGAAUUUUACCAAAUGGCAACAGCAUGGAUGGGAGCGCUCUCUUUGAGUAUCUCGUUUUUCACAUCCCCCUUCAUAGUAGCGGCGUCAAGACGAAAAACGACUCGUUUAGCCGCCGUCUUUGGCGGCCUCAUAUUUGCAUUGGCCUGCCUAUUCGCAUCGUUCGCCGUACAAUUCCACCAAGCCCUGCUGAGCUAUGGUCUCGUUUUAGGCGCUGGUGCCGGAAUUGUACGCGAAAGCGCCGGUUUAGUGUUAGGCCAUUACUUCAAGCGAAGACGGGAAUUUGUAGAAAUGGUAGCGCAGGCGGGUACUGGAGUUGGUAUGGCUUUAUUUUCCGUUCUGUAUAAGGAGGCUGUGGGAAAACUGGGGUGGAGAUUGGGAAUGCAGGCUAUAACUGGUCUGUUAUCCCUGGCAUUCUUUCUUCCCAUCGUGUACCGAUCUGCUAAUCUAUACCAUCCGCAACGAAGAGCAAUAAUGCACCUCAAAAAUCAAAGAAAGAAAAUGAAAGAGAAAAAAACACACUCCAAAGUGAAAAAGCCGCCAAUGUUCGACUUUACUCCUUUAAAAAGUAGAGGACUUAGGGUUCUUCUGGUGGCUAGCGCUACUAGUGCUUUAGGGAUUUACAGUCCUAUAUUUUACCUUUCACUUCAAGGCCACAAAGAAGGACUGGAAGAUAGUGCUUUAGUACUUUUACAAACAUUUCUAGGAUUUUCAUCGGCAUUGGGUUUUGUUGGAUUUGGACUUGUGAUAGUCAGACCUAGCACCCAGUGCUUAAUUUCCAGGCAGUAUCUGUGCCAAGCAUCUAUGGUGGGAAUAGGUAUUUCGUUAUUAGCACUCAGCGUGAUUCAAGGUUAUCAUGGAUACGUGCUGUUUGUUUGGUUAUACGGAAUUUGCUUGGGUGGAUUUAGUUACUCGUUGAAAAUGUUCACAUUGGAAAGGAUCCGUUCUAGACAUUUCACCAAAGCGUGGGGAUUCGUACAAGGUGCCAAAUCCGUGCCGGUCCUUUUAGGCGUCCCGAUAACUGGGUACAUUAAUCAAAUGUACCCGAAGUGUGGGUACUACAUUAGUUUCGUUUCGACUAUUGUAGGUGCUAGUCUCAUGUUUCUUGUAGGAACUAAAAGUGAACAUGUCAAUAGUAUAAGUAGUAAUUGCGAUUUAAAUUGUAAAGCCAACAUGAAUCAAUGCAUUUGCGGCUUGAAUAACUCCUACGCACCUGAACUCAUUACGCCUUGUAAUUUGUACAGGCAAAACAGCAGACACUAUGAACGAGUCUUUCCAACCUACGACUUCGACAGGCACAGCUUACACCGUCAUUCGUAUAAAUGUCUAAACGAACCUACUCCGCACUAUCUACCCAAAAGUUUGAGUUAUGCUGCGAAUAUUGAGUACUCUGGUCGUUCGAAUGUUAAAUGUAUCAGUCGAAAUUCCGAUGCCGGCGUGUACAGACAUAUAAAUCAGAAUCUGCGACCUACAAGAAGCGUUCCCGAAGGAUUAGCCCGCUGGAGUCACCACGGUUCCUAUCGACGACCAGUUAUUAGAAACCUCCAAGUUAUCGAACAAAUUACGACAUCGGUUUGAACCGAAUUUAGGUGCAUAAUAAAAGUCUGAUUCUAAAGCAUUUCUUAUUAAAGUUAGGUACGCAUUUCUGACAAUGACCCCAGUUACUUGCAGAUAGUUGAUAUACCCAUAGGUACCAUAAAUACCAGAUUUCUAGCAAACAAUGAAGUCCGUCAUUUCUGCGUGAUGCAUUUAACAAAUCGGUACAUUUUGGGUUAGCAGCUUUAACAUUUUGUUAAACAAUAUAGAGUCCGAAAUGAACUUCCUAAAUGAGAACGUUCGUUUUCUCACAUAUGUUUCACUGCUUUAUAAAAAUAUACCCCAUACAGGGUGUUUAGUCACGAACUGAGUCGAUUCUUAUUUGCGAAACAAUAUUAAACUUGUACAUAUUCGUUAUUUUAAAUGGGGCAGAUCCACUUUUUUAAUCUACAAAUUUCAAUAGAAUCAUAACGUAAAUCAAAAGGUUUUUGAAUAAUGCGAGUGUUUCCGAAAUUUGAAAAUGCUAACAAGCUGUUUUUACAUGUUUUAUUAAGCUUUUGGUAUACCUACCCGCAAAUUUAAAAAUAAAUUUCAACAUUUCUGUUAUUAGUAGCAAUAGCCACGACUUUUGCUGAUUUAUGAAUUGCUACUACUUGCUUACUUACUUUAUUUUGCCGACUAUGAUCACGCGUUAGGGCGGGGGGGGGGGGACACCACCAUCACUCCGGCCCUGAUUAUUAUCUGUGCAAAGUUCACAUUUUCUUUUAACACGAUUCACGGGCUCCAGUUUUGUGUUGAAUGCAAGGGAUUAAACGUUCUAAAUCCAAUGAACCUAUUGAAUUUUUUUGAGUUAUAGAUUUUGCCUAGAUCCUACUUUUUGCGCAGCUUAUGUUAACAAGGACAAUUUUCCUGAAAGGAAAAAGUUUCCGGAUGGAUAAUUAGUUUUCUUUAUUCUUCCAUCCUCAUAAAUUCAUGUUGCGGAUAUGUAACAAUAAUGUAGUUAACAAACGCGUUUUAUGCCAAAAUGUGGAAAAUACUACCAUAACAUCAGCUGUGUUAAUAAAUUAAAACGUAAAAUUGUGAUGUGAGAAAGAAAUAAUGGGCUGUGACGAUAGUGAAGUCAAUCAAGGGCGUAUUCUAUAUAUUUUUAGAACUACCUAUUAUAAAUAAAAGUUCCUCUUUAGGCGAUCGAUUUCGACUUUAUUAAUGUCAUCUUCAGGCCGUAGCUAAAAUAUAUAUAUAUCGUGUGUUAACAUGUUAAAAAUUAUGUUGUUUUACCGUUUUAUCAUAUUAAAGAAAUGGAGCUCAAAACAUAAAGAAGCAAUAAGUUUCGAAUUAACAUUUUAUUAGCACUUUCAUUUGAAUUUGUCUGCUCCUUCAGUUUGCUCAAAUUGCUCGGAUUUUUCCCUUGUUCAUUCUUUUAGAUUUCUGUAAAUUUCUCGUCAAAUUCUUCACAGGCUUUCACAUUUUGCAGAUGCCUGGAAUUGCUAGAAUCUUUCGGAUUCCUCAAUUUUGUUUCAGUUUUUAUAAGAAUACGAAACGUCACGUCACUUUGGGCACUAUUUAUUGCCAGUACCUACUCCUGGUACGCCCCUGGUAUGUCUGCCUCACCUUGCAUAUAGUUGUACCACAGAUAAAAUACCCAAAUUUAUAUUAUUGUAUUAUAUUAUUGUGAUACUAUACUUUUAUUUGUAUCUACACUACACAUGAAAGAAAAAACAAUUCAUAUCAUCCCAUUAGAUUCGCGGCAUUUGUGGUAUUUUCAUUAAGUUUAAGAUAAUGUUUUUGCAAAACCGACUACUAUCUCACGUAUAAAAGAAAUUCACAAGAAAAGCGGGACAAACUUUUUGAUCGUAAGUAUUCAUUUUCGACGGUUUUCGAAAAGGCAAUAAAUGCAAGCCCAACAAAAUUAUUUACUUCUGUCACAGAUAAAAAUCUGUGCUUCUGAUGUGGUUUAUCUAUUUAUUGCAUAUCUUUGCACGGUUAUCAAGAAAAUUUGCGAUCCGAUUACACAGAUUAAAUGUGUGCACGUGCUCGCCUCCAUACGCUCCCUUAAGAUGAACUAUAAAUGGCCGAUUGCGCCAGCCGUCAAAUUGACACAAAUUUUAAAUUUAAGACUUAAAUACAGGUUAAAAUCUAUAGCAACCAUCUUUGAUAAUGGCACAGCUUACAAUUAUUAAUAAUGGUCGCCACACAAUUUAAACUGAAAUCUAAAUCUUUACAUAAAUUUGAUAGUUUAGUUAAGUACUUACCUCAAAAUUAUAAUAGCUUUGACACUACAACAAAUUAAUAAUGUAAGUACCUAUACGUCAAUGCAAAAUAAUAAGAACAAGUCACUUUAACAUAAAUCACACACAAUGCAAUCACAAACGCAAACACCUAUAAAUUAUAGUUUUAUAGACUAAAAGACACGGUUUCGCGGGGCGAGUUUUUUUAAAGUGACAUCUACAGAAAAACGCUUGUAACUCCUUCUUUUCAUGACCACCAUAAAGAUUCGUAAAAUGGAUGUUCAUACUAAUACUCAGUAGAUGGCGCGUUUAAGUAUACCAGGAUCUUUAACUUAAGUAUAUUUUAAGUAUAUUUAUGUUACCCAUAAAAUGUAUUGUGGUUAGCAAUCUGUUGGGUAUUUUAUCUGUGGUUGUACUAACAAACAUGCAACGGAUAUCAAUAUUGUAAUUCCCCCUUCAUGAAAUUGCUUGAAAUCUGGUUGAUGAUGAAAACGAUUGUCUUUAAUAACUAAAUAAUUUGUCAUCCAGUUCGGGGUAUAGACGACUAUUAGAUAAAUUAAGACUGUAUUCUCAGUAGUGUACCUAGCUAGCGUUAAGUUGAAUAUAAUAAGGGAAAACAAUUUUUCUGAGUCUAGGAAGGUUGUCUCUAUCGUAAUUUAUAUUGUUUUAUUCACUACUGGCACAUUUACUCUGUAAAGCAAUAAAAAGGUAGGCUAUACGACUACCAAUUAUGGACUCCAGAAAUAUAGGAUAUCCAUGUGACGGAAAUUGGAAGAGAAACAUACAAUAUUUAAGUAUGUUUCGAGAGAAUUGCAACUGGAUAUCAAACAAUUUCAUUGAAUGCCUUUAGCCGCCUUAAUAAUCGCCUAGUGAAUGCUCCAAUGUUUUGUAAUGCUGGUAGUGAAUAAAUAAUUUUAAAUUCUCUAGUCAUUUUAAAGUUUGCCAAAAGAUUAUGCUGUUAGUGAGUUCAAGAAGAAUUUAAUUAAAACGGGAUCAACUAUUUGUAAAUUUAUCAGUGUUUAUUAUUAUAAUUUAGGUAUAGAUGUUAAAUCGCCAUACGCAUCCUUCAGGUUCCUAGAUUAAUAUUAAUUACCAGUAGAUUAGCCACCUCGUGUCACAAAUGAACACCUAUGAUUUCUUAUUAGUAAGUGCAUUGUGUUCCUACUUUAUAGAAUCAAUAAACAUUAAAACGAU